AUGGAGACUUUCAAUACCAACAGCGGAUUAACUUCUGUUUUUACUGGAGACAAUGUUACUCAGCAGUCCGGUAGUCUGUGGAGACCGUGGACUGGAAUAGAGGACAAAACUGGUGCACACAAGGCUCAUUCCAUUCAUGGAGACCUUUCUGCUGCAAAGCACCCCAAAACCCCGCAGGUCGUUCACCCAGUGAAGUUGUACUGGCCUAAAUCGAGAUGUUUCGAUUAUCUGUACCAGGACGCAGAAAUGCUCCUGCGCAACUAUCCGGUCCAAGCGACCAUCUGCAUUUACGAAGACUCCAGCAGUGAUGAAGACAGCGACGAUGAAGAGGAGGAGAUGGGGAAGGAGCUGAACUAA